AGCAACGCCAGUUCGUGCGCGUACCCGCGGUCAGGCGAAUGCGGUACGGUCUGAAAUCGAGGAGAAAACAAGAUUGACCCAGCCUGGUGAUCGGACAUCUACCAAGCAGAAACAAACAUUUUGUCCCAUAUUUUGAUUACAGAACUAGGACUAUGAGACCGAUCAUACACAGAAGGUUCUAGUCUCUGAGGGUCGAAGACCGAGCGACUGACUGAGGGAUCUGAGGACCCCUCCCCCCUCGAGCCUCCACACCUCCCCCCUCCCCUGCCCCCCUUGCCCGCUCCCGCCCCGCCUCACCCCUGUCUCCCCCAGAGGGAGAGCCACCACCAUGGUGCUGUCACAGAGGCAACGAGACGAACUAAACCGAGCGAUAGGAGACUACCUUCGCUCCAACGGCUAUGAAGAAGCCUACUCCACUUUUAAGAAAGAGGCGGAGAUAGACAUGAAUGAAGAGUUAGAUAAGAAGUAUGCUGGUCUUUUGGAAAAGAAAUGGACCUCGGUCAUCAGAUUACAGAAAAAGGUAAUGGAGCUGGAGUCCAAACUGAAUGAGGCCAAGGAGGAGAUGACUCACGGGGGUCCAGUUGCCCAGAAGAGGGACCCCAAGGAGUGGAUCCCCCGCCCCCCUGAGAGAUACGCCCUGAGCGGCCACCGUUCACCCGUCACACGGGUCAUCUUCCACCCUGUGUUUUCUGUCAUGGUCAGCGCCUCCGAGGAUGCCACCAUCAAGGUCUGGGACUAUGAGGCAGGGGACUUUGAGCGGACACUGAAGGGCCACACAGACUCUGUGCAGGACAUCUCCUUUGACCAAACGGGCAAGCUGCUGGCCUCCUGCUCCGCGGACAUGACCAUCAAGCUGUGGGACUUCCAGGGCUUCGAGUGCAUCCGCACCAUGCACGGUCAUGACCACAAUGUGUCGUCUGUAGCCAUCAUGCCCAAUGGUGACCACAUAGUGUCCGCUUCCAGAGAUAAGACCAUCAAGAUGUGGGAGGUGGCCACUGGGUACUGCGUCAAGACCUUCACAGGCCACAGGGAGUGGGUCCGGAUGGUCCGGCCUAACCAGGACGGCUCCCUGAUCGCCAGCUGCUCCAAUGAUCAGACGGUUCGCGUGUGGGUGGCCGCCUCCAAGGAGUGCAAGGCGGAGCUGAGGGAACACGAACACGUGGUGGAGUGCAUCGCCUGGGCCCCGGACACGGCUCACCCCACCAUCCUGGAGGCCACCGGCUCAGAGAGUAAGAAGAGCGGGAAGCCCGGUCCCUUCCUUCUCUCCGGUUCUAGAGAUAAGACCAUCAAGAUGUGGGAUAUCAGCACUGGCAUGUGCCUUAUGACUCUAGUGGGUCAUGAUAACUGGGUGCGUGGUGUGCUGGUCCACCCUGGUGGUAGGUUCAUUGUGAGCUGUGCUGACGAUAAGACUCUAAGGAUCUGGGACUACAAGAACAAGCGCUGCAUGAAGACCCUGUAUGCCCACGAACACUUCGUCACCUCUCUGGAUAUGCACCGGACCGCCCCCUAUGUGGUGACUGGCAGCGUUGACCAGACGGUCAAAGUGUGGGAGUGUCGCUGAGUCAUCGCCCUCUAUACCACAGCCCUAUGCCACCUACACAACCCUUCUCUGCUCCCCGAAAUAGCAGCCCCUCCUAUCCCACCCUCAAACAGCCCGCCCCCGCCCUGACUUUCUGACACUCACCUUAGCCCCGCCUCUUGCAUUUGACACCAUGGUUACCCAGGGUCUCCCCUCUGCCCCUCCCACCCCCAUGCCCUGUUAAAAUAAAUAUUGUCCUUUUAUGUAAAUUAUUCUGGAUGUAAAGUACGCUUAAUAAAUGUUACACUCUCACUGAACACACACACACACACACACAUACCAACACAUUAUAUCACACACAAACACAACAUACUUUUUAAAGUAUUCCCUGCAUGUUAAUUGGUGAAUUCCCCCAAAACAUGUGCUGUAAAUUUGCCUAAAUUCAUAUGCCACUGUUAUGGCGUUUCAACGGGGACAAAAUGGUUCCUGUGUCCAGGCUCAGUGAGGGCUAGGUAAUUGUGACACUGCACGUAAACCAAUCAUGUCUGCACUUCCAGGGGGUUUAGUUCAGGUUUUUAUUUUGUUUCUGCUGCCGUAGUCUGGCUCUUCUUGAGAGGGGUGUGUGGGCAGGUAUGUGAAAGAAGGAUGGGGGAUUGUGACCGACAGGAUGUUUUGGGGAAAAAGGUGUGUAAUGAAAUUUAGCUUGAAAGAACAGAAAAUUAACAUUUUGUCAUUCUUCUAAGGUGUGUGCGCGCGUGUGGGUGGGUGUGUGCGCGUAUGUGUGUGUGCGCGUGCAAAGCUUCUGUUUUUAUACUCCCCUCUCUCUGAUUGGUGACUGACUGGCUUCUACUAGAUAUUCACAUGACCUUAAAGAUUCAUAUGCUGCAAAAAAAAAAAAGCAUACAAAUGAACAUUCACACUCAUUCUCUAUUUCACGCCAUCACUCACGCGCAUAUAUCGAGGAAGACCCAUAGAUGAACCGACCAAACGCACAGGGUCCUCUGCUGUGGUGUUUCCAGAGAGACCAGUGCCCGUCUGCUGUCUCUGCCUUGUUAACCCCCUCAGUAAGGGAUCUCCUGCUUUCUGUGCUCGCUCUCUCACUCACACACUCAAACACACACACACACACACACACACUCAAACAGAUUCACAUACACGCACAGUAAAAUUGUGUAUCGAUAUAUCUGGGUGUCAUUGUUUGCAACAUAAUAAAAAAAACUAAAAUCUGUAAAUAUA